AUGCCAACUGCACCGAAGCAGCGGAAGAUAGCUAUUGUUGGCAGUCGGUCCGUGGGCAAAUCUUCCCUUACAGUUCGAUUUGUUGAGCACCAUUUUGUAGAGAGUUAUUACCCGACAAUCGAGAACACGUUCAGCCGCAUUAUUAAAUAUAAUGGCCAAGAUUUCGCAACUGAAAUUGUUGACACAGCUGGUCAAGAUGAGUAUAGCAUACUGAAUUCUAAACACUUCAUUGGAAUCCAUGGAUACAUUAUUGUUUACUCGGUGGCUUCCCGCCAAUCCUUUGAUAUGGUCAGAGUUAUUCGAGACAAGAUAUUGAAUCAUCUCGGAGCAGAACAUGUCCCCCUUGUAGUGGUGGGAAAUAAGAGUGACCUCAAACAUGAACAACGUCAGGUGUCUUUAGAUGAAGGCCGACAUUUGGUAGAAGAAUUUCAUUGCGCGUUUACCGAGGCCAGCGCUCGGCUUGGCCACAAUGUCGAUAGGGCCUUCGAUCUAAUGAUCGGGGAGAUUGAAAAGUCACAAAAUCCAUCUCAGCCGACUGGAGGCAACAAGUGCAAUGUAAUGUGA